CUAGUUGGCGAUCCGUUGUAACCGAGGUACACUUCUUAAUUACACCAAGAAAGUCGAGAUUUUAAUACGGGUAAGAGAGCUUAUGUGGUAAAGCUUUGUCGCCAAAUACGUUGAUCAGCUCAGUAAGCUUAACAAAGCAACGCGAAUGAAACGCGAGCGCACCGUUGACACCGCUCUUUUGUUUGACUGAAGUACGCGCGUGGAUUGGCUGUUCGGGACCGGAAGGUACCGUUUCAAUGGGGUCCAAAAGAAGGCGGGCCACCUCUCCCUCCAGCAGUGCCAGUGGAGGAGACUUUGACGAUGCUACAUCAUCCACCCCGGUCAGUGGGUGGAAGAGGAGGAGAGCAUCCACUGCCCCUUCUGUUGAUCAGAUUGCUAUUUGCCAUGAAUUGUACAACACUGUUAGAGAUUACAAGGAUGACCAGGGCAGACAGAUAUGUGAGCUGUUUGUUCGGGCACCAAAAAGGAGGAACCAGCCAGACUAUUAUGAGGUGGUGAGUCAACCCAUAGACAUGAUGAAGAUACAGCAGAAGCUCAGGGCAGAGGAGUACCAGGAUGUAGAACAAUUCUCAGCCGACUUUCAUCUGCUUAUUAACAAUGCUAAAUCGUACUAUAAGACAGACAGCGCAGAGUAUAGGGCGGCCUGCAGGCUUUUGAAUGUCUUCCAAUCCAUAAAGAACGAUCUGCUACAGGGGGGUGAUGGAGAUGAGGCAGAAGAUGAUGAGGAAGGAGAAGACGGGGAGAACCCAAGCACUUCCAUGGAGGAUGAGACACCACCAAGCUAUCUGAAAGCCAUAUUGGAACAGCUUUUGGAGGCCAUUGUGUCAUGCAAUGAUUCUUCAGGAAGGACUGUUAGUGAGCUCUUCCAGAAACUUCCCUCUAAAUUGCAUUACCCAGACUACUAUGCCGUUAUAAAGGAACCGAUAGAUCUCCGCGCCGUGGCUCAGAGAAUUCAGGCGGGUCAUUACAAAUCUAUCAAUGCCAUGGCGAAGGACGUUGAUCUUUUGACCAAAAAUGCCAAAACCUACAACGAGCCCGGUUCACAGGUUUUCAAGGAUGCAAACACAAUUAAGAAGGUUUUUGCCCAGAGAAAAGCAGAGAUCGAGCAGGCUGAACCCACUAAAUCCAGCCUCCGCAUCAGAAAUCGGAGGUCUGCUCAAGGAGAUCGGCUCACGGCCAUCACCAUGGCGCUUCAGGCGGGGUCUGAAAGUGAUGAGGACUCCCUGCUUUCAGGCUCUGUGCGUUAUGAUGCUGCAGAAACGGAGACGGACUCCGGUCUCAGUUCAGGUGACCCAAUCCUCCUGCUGUACCAGGCUGUGCGUGGAGCCAGAAGCGUUUCGGGGCAGCUUCUUGCCGAACCGUUUCUUCAGCUCCCCUCACGCAGGGAAUACCCAGACUACUACCAACAGAUCAAAAACCCUGUCUCCCUACAGCAGAUCAGGGAAAAGAUGAAGAAUGGGGAUUAUGAGGGAGUUGAGCAGAUGGAGAGUGACCUCUCGCUCAUGUUUGAGAACGCAAAACGCUACAACAUGCCCAACUCCACCGUAUACAAACGUGCACAUAGACUGCAGCAGAUAAUGCAGCUGAAGAAAAAGGAGAUUCGGGAUGAGGAUGAAGGAGAUGUUUCUACUGCAGUGUCUGAACCAGGAAGUGGUAAAAAAAAAAGCCAUAAGAAAAACACCAAAAAGAACCGAAUGAAGGCGUUGUAUGCUGCAGUGACUGAGGCAAGAGAAGUCGGCACCGGGCGACGCCUCUGUGAUCUCUUUAUGGUAAAGCCCUCCAAGAAAGAUUAUCCAGACUACUACAAAAUCAUCCAAGAGCCACUGGACAUGCGCACCAUCGAGCACAACAUCCGCACGGAGCGUUAUAACAACGAGGAUGCGCUCAUGGAUGACUUGAAGCUUAUGUUUCGCAACGCCCGCCAUUAUAACGAGGAGGGGUCUCAGGUUUACAAUGAUGCAAACAUCUUGGAAAAGAUUGUUAAGGAUAAACAAAAGGAUCUUGGACCUGCUCCGGAGGAGGAUGACAUGGGCUCCCCUAAACUGAAGCUUCGUCGUAGUGGACUUGCAGCCUCCCCGAAAAAGGCCCGCACACAGACCACACCGCUUCAGCAAAAGCUCACUGAUCUCUACGAAGCUGUUCGCAACUUUACAGACAACCGCGGGCGUCGUCUCAGUGCCGUUUUUCUACGCCUACCAUCACGCUCUGAGCUGCCUGACUAUUAUGCCGCCAUCAAACGGCCCAUCGACAUGGAGCGGAUACGCAGCUACAUGGUACAGGGUCGCUACCAAGACAUCGAUUCUCUGGCGGAAGAUUUCAUCCUCAUGUUCAACAAUGCUUGCACCUACAACGAGCCAGAGUCUCUCAUAUACCGCGAUGCUUUGUUGCUCCAUCGAGCUUUUCUAGAUGCCCGUCGACGCUUUGAGGAUGAAGAGGAAGGAGAAGAAGGCACGCUGGGCGCCGUGGCAGUCGGUCCUCUUGUGCGUGAGCUCAUUCGUAAUCUCUUUGUUUCGAUGAUGGGGCACCAGGAUGAUGAGGGGCGGUGCUACAGCGACUCCUUGGCGGAGGUGCCGGCCGUGGACCCUGCUGACCCAGAGGACCCUCCACUCAGUUUAGAGAUUAUUCGCCAUAACCUGGAUCAAGGACGCUACCGGAGACUGGAUGUGUUUCAGGAGCAUGUGUUUGAGGUGCUGGAGAAAGCUAGACGCCUCAAUAGGACUGAUUCUGAGAUCUUUGAGGAUUCGGUGGAGCUUCAGCAGUUCUUUGUGAAGAUUCGUGAUGAGCUGUGCAAGAAUGGUGAAAUCUUACUCAGUCCAGCACUGAGCUACACAUCCAAACAUCUGCAUUCAGAUGUGGACCAGGAGAAGCGAGAGAAACUACCCCAGGAGAUGGAAGAAGACCAACUGAAACAAGAGGAGGAUAAGAAAGCUCUUCCGGAUGAGAACAAAACAGAGGGACACGCAGGAAGCCAGUGGUCAUUGGAUUCUCAAAGCACAUACAGUCAGGACUGCAGUUUUGAGAACAACACCUACAGUGUGGGAGACUGUGUAUAUGUGCAGCCUACUGAAGCAAAUUUGCGACCUCACAUCGUGUGUAUUGAGAAACUAUGGAAGGACGAAGCCGGUGAGCAGAUGUUGUAUGGUGGCUGGUUUUAUCGCCCAGCGGAGACGUUCCACCUCGCCACACGUAAAUUCCUGGAGAAGGAGGUGUUUAAGAGCGACUACUAUAACCGCGUGCCCUUCAGCAAGAUCAUGGGGAAAUGUGCUGUGUUGUUUGUAAAGGAUUAUUUUAAGUCGCAACCAGAAGGAUUCAAACCAGAAGAUGUUUACGUCUGUGAGUCUCGGUACACUGCCAGGACCAAAACCUUUAAGAAGAUCAAGGUGUGGUCCAUACCACCAAGCUCUGUGAAACUAGUCCCUCGAGAUGUUGCGUUACCCGUGGUCAGGGUGGCCUCCAUGUUCAUGACCACUAAACGUGAUCAAGACAAAUUGUUGGACCUUCCUGAUGGAGACGGUUUUAUUGAGAAAGAACGAGAAGACGUCCAAGUCGAAGUACCCAAUGGGGAGCCGGGUUGUCAGUACUAUGAGCAGCUUCGCUACAACGAUAUGUGGCUCAAAGUGGGCGACUGUGUCUAUAUACGCUCCCACAGGCUAGUUCGCCCUCGAGUUGGCAGGAUCGAGAAGAUGUGGGUGCGAGAUGAAGCAGCGUUCUUCUUCGGACCCAUCUUCAUCCACCCUGAGGAGACUGAACAUGAGCCAACAAAGAUGUUCUACAAGCGUGAAGUGUUCCUCAGCAAUCUGGAGGAAACCUGCCCUAUGACAUGUAUUUCAGGGAAAUGCGUGGUGUUGUCUUUCAAGGAUUUCCUGUCCUGCAGACCCACUGAGUUUGCAGACGAAGAUGUGCUCAUGUUUGAGAGUCGCUACAUUGAGAGCGAAAAGCAGAUGAAGAAGUUUAAAGGCCUUAAACGUUUCUCACUUUCUGCUAAAGUGGUAGAUGAUGAGAUCUUCUACUUCAGAAAGCCAACUGUGCCUCUAAAGGAGCCGUCUCCCCUUCUGAAUAAAAAGAUUGAGGAACUUGAGGCCAAGUUUGCAGACAUGGAGGACCUAGAUGAAGAUAUGGAAGAUCUGGAUGAUGAUGAUGAAGAGGCAGCAGCGACGCCCUCAAUGCCUCCGAGUCAAACAUCUGUAUUAAAUGACAUAGAUAUGCCUUAUACACCACCACAGUCCACACCAAAGAUAAAGGGCAUGUCCAAGAAAGAAGGAGCCAAGCGUAAGAUCAAUAUGAGUGGCUACAUCCUGUUCAGCAGUGAGGUCAGGUCUCUUAUUAAAGCCCGUCACCCCGAUUACUCCUUCGGAGAGCUGAGCCGACUAGUGGGCACAGAAUGGAGGAACCUGGAAACUACUAAGAAGGCAGAAUAUGAAGAACGAGCUGCAAAACUGGUGGAGCAUCAAGAACGAGAGAGGGUCCUUCAGCAACAGCAGCAGCAGGCUUCCCCAAGAGCAGGUACUCCAGUCGGCACAAUGAUGGGGGUGGUACCUCCCCCAAGCACUAUGGGGAUGCUAAACCAGGCCAUGCUACCUGUGCCAGGCAUGAUGGGAAAUUAUGGCUCGCCCUACAUGCCCAUGCAGGGUCCUCCUGAGGGCAUGAUGGGCAUGGGUGGCACACCACCUCAUCACAUGGGGGUGCCCCUCCUGCCCUCCCAGCACUACCUUCCACCAGGCAUGGCCGGGUACCCUGGUAUGCCCCUUCCGGGUGUGAUGAAUGGUAUGGCUGGAAGUCCUGGUCCUGGAAACCCUUAUGGCAUGCAGAUGGUGGGUUAUGGGCCUGGACAACAGGCUCCGCCUCCAUAUCCAGUCCAAGGUCAACCAGGCCAGCAUCAGCCAACCUCUCCUAUUUUUGUUGCCCCGCCUCCAAAACCUCAGCGUCUGCUGCAUUCUGAAGCUUACCUGAAAUAUAUAGAGGGCCUCAGCGCUGAUUCAUCCACUAUUAGCAAGUGGGACCAGAGCCUUAAGGCACAAAGAAAAGACUGUCGGCUCACCCGCGAACAAGAGAGCCGUCUCCCUACGCACUGGCUGAAGAGCAAGGGUGCUCAUACCACGAUGGCAGAUGCGUUGUGGAGACUCCGAGACCUGAUGAUGAGGGACACUCUCAACAUCCGACAGGCCUUCAACCUUUAAACCUUCAACUUUUACACCCGAUUCUCAGGACUCUUAUUUAUGCAAGACUAUUCUCCUACCAAAUCUUUCCUAUCAUGACUAAAGAUCUGACAGAGUAUUACGUACUCUGUCAGAAAUGCUUCAGCAAUAAUUGUGUUUGUUUGCGUGUGUGUGAGAAAUAAAGGUUUUAGACAUUUAUUUAGGUACAAAUGAUGCGCUGAAAUUAAGUCACUAUGCAUCAGCUACUGAUAUGGAUUUGUUACAACAGGAGACAAUUAGAGGUCUUUAAAUACUAAUAAUGGUUGUGAUGUUAAGCUUCAUCUGUUUUAAAAAAAAAUACACUUUUAAGGGCACCCAAGCACUGGUAUUAAAUAUAAUAUUCCCUAAAGUUACAAUCACUAUAGCGUAUACACACAGAUUAUGUUGUAAUUGUACACCGUAGCAUUUUACAAAUAUUCUCUUUUUUUAUACAAAAGCAAAAAUAAGCUGAGUUCCUUAUUUUAUUAAUUGUGUAAUUUGUUACUUUCUCAUUUUGUACAGACAAAGCUUGUGUGCUGAUUUCCCCUUUAAUGUUUGUAUGGACACUGCUGCAUUAAAAAGGACAAGUUUGUGUUAAUCUCACCAAUAAACAACAUUUCAAUAGA